AUGGAUGUCUCUGAUCGAGAUUCUAGCGGUCAGACACCGUUACAUUACGCGGCAAUGAAGGGACAUGCAGACAUCGUACAGACGCUACUUGACCACGGUGCCGACCAUGGAGUAGAAGAUAAGACGGAUUACACUGCUCUAGACCUGGCUAUCCACUAUCGCCAUAGCAAUGUCAUCAAAAUCCUUGCCGACAUGCCUAUAUCAGCACCUUCACCCACAGAUAACGAAUCAUACAACUCCGAUGAGGAGGAUGAAGAUUGGGAGGAGAUCAAAACUGUGUCACAUAAGGGCUACUCUGAAUCCGUGAGAGAACUGCCAGGGCCCGUUGUCUGGGUCGGUAUUAGGUUCGAUGAUACUAUAGUCCGGUUGACACCACAUCGUAUUUAA